AUGGCAAAAGCUGACAUUGAGGAUGCAUUUAGGCUUCUUCCCAUCCAUCCGUCACAAUACAAAUAUGUGGGUUUUAUGUGGGAUAACAAGUAUUAUUUUGAUAAGUGCCUACCCAUGGGGUGUUCAUCAUCAUGCCAACUCUUUGAAAAACUGAGUUGCGCUCUCCAAUGGUACAUGACUAACAAGCACAAAGCCUUCAUGUCACACCUGUUAGACGACUUCUUCUUUGCAGGUCCUCCCUCUUCCUCAAAAUGCAGGUCUGACUUAGAGAUAUUUCUGAAAACCACAGAAUUCCUGGGUAUUCCGAUAAAACAGGAUAAAACCCACUGGCCUUCUACAGUAAUAGUCAUUUAUGGCAUACAGUUAGAUUCUAAAUCUAUGACAGCUAGUCUCCCAGAGGAAAAACUCCUUAAGGCCCAUAGUCUGAUAGACUCCUUUAAAAACAAAAGGCGUAUACAACUAAAGCAUUUACAACAAAUUAUUGGUUUCCUGAAUUUCUGCUGUGUGAUUAUCGUCCCCGGUCGAGCCUUUUUAAGACGUCUUAUUGACCUAACUAAGGGCGUUAAACUCGCUCAUCAUUUUAUUAGGCUUAAUAAGGAGGCUCGAGCUGACCUACAGGCUUGGUCUUUGUUUUUGGAAUAUUUCAAUGGGAAGGCUUUUUUCUUAUUUGACAAAUGGAUAUCGUCAGAUACAAUCAAAAUGUAUUCUGAUGCAGCUGGGGUACAUGGUGGUUAUGCGGCUGUUCUUGGUGCCAGUUGGUUUACAGGGCAAUGGACAGAUGAAUUGAGGGUUACACACAUAACAGUGAAAGAACUCUUUCCAAUUGUGAUUGCUUUGGAGAUGUUUGGUCAAAAGUUAGCAAAUCAUAGGAUUCUGUUUCUUUGUGAUAACCAAGCAGUAGUAGAUAUCAUCAACAAAUUAUCAUCUAAGGAUGCCAUUUUGAUGAAACUGGUCCGGCGACUGGUGUUAUCCACAUUAAAGUUUAACAUACAUUUUCGUGCUAAACAUAUCCCGGGUUACACUAAUGUGGUGGCUGACAAAUUGUCUCGUUUCCAAUUUCAGGAGGCGCACAAAAUCGCACCGUGGCUCGAUCCGCACCCGGUCUCGAUACCUCCUCUUCUUACGACUCUUUAA